GAAGAUGCCUGGGGGUCUGCGAGCCCGCCCAGGUCUGCCUGCCCCCCUCCUCCCCUUCUUCCUGCUGUUCCUGGCCUGCCUCGGCCCCGAGUGCCAGGCCCUGUGGAUAAAGGACGGCCCACCAUCUGUGACCGUCAGCCUGGGGGACGAGGCCAAGCUCCUGUGCGAAAACAACGGCAGCAACAGCGCCAACAUCACCUGGUGGCGCGUCGGGCAGGGCAACUGCACGUGGCCGCGCUCCUACGUGGGCCAGGCCUCCACCGAGAACAACGGUACCUGGAUCAUCCACAAGGUGGAAAAGAGCCACAGCGGCAUGUACCAGUGCAGCGUGACAGACGGGGACAUGGUGCGGCACUCCUGCGGCACCUACCUCCGAGUGCGCGAGCCACCCCCCAGACCCUUCCUGGACAUGGGCGAGGGCACCAAGAACCGCAUCAUCACAGCCGAGGGCAUCAUCUUGCUGUUCUGUGCCGUGGUGCCCGGGACGCUGCUGCUGUUCAGGAAGCGCUGGCAGAACGAGAAGUUCGCAGUGGACGCCCAGGACGACUACGAAGAUGAGAAUCUGUACGAGGGCUUGAAUCUGGACGACUGCUCCAUGUACGAGGACAUCUCCCGGGGCCUGCAGGGCACCUACCAGGACGUGGGCAGCCUGCACAUCGGGGACGUGCAGCUCGAGAAGCCGUGA